CCCCCACAAUCACCGGGCUUACUAGUACAUGAACGGCACAAAUCAUUUAACAUCAUGUGCAUUGUCAUGUGGGAUGCACGAGGCAUGGUUAUAAUUACACCACCUCACUAUCACCUUAAAUGCUAAGAUCUUCGGUGCACGAAGGCAGCGAAGUUUAGUAUGGGUGGGCGCCUUUCAGUUAAUUAUACUCCAUCAGACGCGUGUAGAGAAAUGCGGGUCUCUCUUCGCUUUAAGACUAUAUCUUAUUAAACUCGGAGCUUCUGCAAGGGUUUUAAAGCGACGCUCUCACUGUCUCUUCAUGUCUUAUCCUGCGAUGCCCAAGACUGACGCUGCUACACUUGGCUCGUCUGAUCCCACGUCAGCCAUCGACAAAUCCCUAACAUGGUGGGAUACGCUUUCGGUCUUGUGGGCCGCGCUUUCGACCACCGCUCUAAGUAGAUGUUGGCCUGUGUUGAUUUGCACCGGCAUCUGGUCGUCCGCACUAUGUGUGCUUAAUCACUAUACUCAUGGAAAACUGUCCAUUGAGGGGACUCUGAUCACAGUGUUCGGUACCGUCUUAGGUUUCGUCUUAUCUUUUCGGACGUCGUCCAGUUUUGACCGCUACAACGACGGUCGAAAAUACUGGGCCCAGAUAGUGUUCAACUGCCGCGUCUUUGCUCGGACUGUGUGGUUUCAUAUCCCAGAUAACGCCAUCUCGGUUCCAACACGGGACUGUCCUAUUUCUGCUGAAACCAUCGAAGAGGACGAAACGAAAACCUUGAUUGAGAAAAAGACGGUGGUGAAUUUACUCGAGGCAUAUGCCGUCAGCGUCAAGCACUACCUGCGAGGGGAAGACGGAAUUUACUAUGAAGAUCUAUAUCCACUCGUCCCCUUCCUCGCUUCAUGCCAUUACUCGUUUCCUGCUAUCAUCCCUUCUGCGAAUGACCCAAAGUUGCGCCGUAGGCUGAACAUCGAUUAUCGUAGUCGCGAUGCAUCAGCAUCCUCUGGACCAACAACCCAAGCACCUGCUUCCCCGAACCACUUAGCGGCCGUGCCUGAACCUCUUAUAAGACCUACCAAUCAAACGUUCGGAACAAACAGCACCAACAAAACCAUCGCACCGCCUUAUGAUGAAGAGUCUCUCCAACCCGCCGAAUCACCUCCUAGGAACUGCUGGCGAUCAGCGUAUCCAUUCCCGUUUUUCUUUUGGCUCUGGGGAAUUCUAAAGAAACCUUCAUGCAAGCUUGGAGAGGAGGCUGCACAUCAAGAUUGUCCCUCCAUCAAGAAUAACGUGCCAUUAGAGAUAUCUUUGUACUUGACUUCUUACAUUUCUACACUACAAUUCCGUGGAACUGUGGACCAAGCAACUUUAAGUUUGCUUUAUGCAACGCUCAAUGAGCUCGUGGAUGCCCUGACUGGGUUGGAAAGGAUCCUUACCACUCCAAUUCCGGUGUCUUACUCAUUGCACCUCUGGAUGGUUACAAUGGUUUAUUGUGCAACUUUGCCCUUCCAGCUGUGGUCCACGCUUGAAUGGUUAACCAUUCCAGCGUCUAUAAUCGCCAGCUUUGUUUUCUAUGGAUUUGUCGUUGCCGGCGAGGAAAUUGAAAAUCCUUUUGGCUAUGACAAGAAUGACUUGGACAUGUGUCAUUUUGUGCAAGAUAUCAUACGGAAGGAACUUCAUGCUAUUACAGGCACGCCGGCCCCAGACCCAGCCAUAUGGGCGUUCUCAGCCGAGAACGAUUUUCUUGGGACCCAUUUGAAGGGCAGUCCGAAGGAAACACCGUCUGCCUGGCUUGACAAGGGAAAGAGGGAUAUUCUCAAAGUUUUGUAUGGUACCAAACACAGGUCUUUUACUGUGUAGUAGGGCGCUUGGGAGCCGAAGGGUGAAUUAACAGAGAAGUUACGUCUGGAUAGUUAAUUGUGGUACCGUGUUAUAUUUGCGAUGUACUUAGUCCAAUCUCAUGAAUAAUUGUUGGUUUUGUGG